AUGGUCAAAAACGCAUGGUCCGCUGACCCUGGUGGCCAUUCCGCGGACUUGCGCUUCUUCUCACGUAGCUAUGAUCCACGGCAAGAGCUGGUGGAAGCCGAGGAGGCUCCGAAGCAACCGCUUCAUGAAGACGGCUUCCCUCUGCGCAUCAAGCUCGAGCAAAAGAAGGUGCCCCCUUCGGUGCUGAUGGGCCAGUGCAGGCGGAGCCCGCUAACCGGCGAGGUGAUUCUGCAUGUGGAUCCCGCCUAUCCCAACUUUCAGGUGGUUGAUCUUGCUGGUCGUGAUUGGCUUCCCAGAAACCGGCUCUUUCUGGAGAAAGAUGAGUACCUUUUCCGGCCUGUUCCUCUCAUGUACAGAACUUGGCUAUACCAAUCUUUCUUCCUCAAUCCUUCCGGACUUGGCAAAGCCAGCGAUUUGGACUACGUCGUGAGACAGGCACUUGAUGCCUGGUGUAUGGACAUAUUGAUAUGGGACCACAGGUGGUCACCAGUGAUGGCUUAUGCCUUUAUCAUGUUUCUGUCGUCUCUUACGUUGGAUGGCACCAUUAUUGCCAUGGCGUGCGCCAUUGGGCUUUUGACAUGCGCCUUCGCCGUCUCAUGCAACACCGCAAGGAUAUACCAACGAGAACGUUGGCUGUCCUUGCCCUUCCGCUUCGCAUUCUUGUGCUACAUUUUGAUCUUCUUUCCUAUGGCCACCGUGCUCGAGGCCAUCGGCUCGACGCUGCUCUUCUUGCUGGUGUCCACGGAGAUCAUCCUUGGCGAUUGCUAUUUCUUCCCGUCAUACAGGUUCCACUGCAGAUACAACAUCUUACGAUCGUUGGGCUGCAGAGUGUAUGUCUGCGAGCGGGAUGGAGCUGUUGGAAUGCCUGCGGUUGUGAGUCGAACGCCCGAUAAAAUGCCACAUCAAAUUGUUCAACUUCCCAAAUGGACAACGCAAAACCACCUCAUUGUGGAACUCGAGGGCCUCAUGGUGGAGUUGCGACCGAUGAGGAAGGAGGACUGGAGCAAAGCCGCGCAGGAGUUUGGAGAGACCCAGGAUCCAAUCACUUUUGUUAGUCUGCCGCUUUGUGAGUAUGACGGUCCUGAGAUGCAGGAUUCUUCCGAUGGCGAAGAGGACCAUCUACCCAAGAAAAUGGCACGCGGUGCUGUGAGGGGCUCUACUCACUUGGAAACCUUGCGAGCUUUCCGACAAGCCCGUGAAAUAUAUGGAGGAAACGAGCAGCUGGACUGGAUGAUCCAGGCCAAGCUGCAUCUCAUUGGCAUCCAUCCCUUGAAGAGCCUUGUGGGCUUGCUGCCCCAUCAUGAGCUGAUUUUCGACAGGUCACUCACAGAUGGUAGCAGCGAGCCUGCUUUUGCCAACUUACGACACAUCGAAGAUGCGACAGAUCCUGCAGCCGUGUCACCCGUACAUGGUGUCGUCCAUGCCAUCAGCCAGAAGGAGCUGGCCUCGUUGGAUUCCUCCGAAGCACCACUCUAUGAGCGAGUGCAGAUGCCGGUUCAAGUCAACACGUCGGACGGGCCGCAAGAGGUGCAGGCCUGGACGUACGUUGGUCAUGGCGGUUCCACGCAGGAGCAUGAGGAGCCAUUGCAUGCGAACGAAGGACGAUUCUGGGCAUGUCCAGGCUUUGGCUGCUAA